AUGAACAAAGAACCAAUGGAGCUCACCAGCCCUGGGACUGCAGAAGCGCCAAAGGUUGUAAGCACACCAGAGAACACUGCAUCGCUUCCCCAAUACCCUCGUGGUGUCCGCUUGGUCUUGAUAACCGUCGGUCUUGUCCUUUCUAUCUUCCUCGCAGCUUUAGAUUCGACAAUCAUCGCUACCGCAAUUCCGAGUAUCACAACGCAAUUCGGCAGUAUCAGUAACAUAGCCUGGUAUGGCUCGUCAUACUCAAUCACCAACACUGCGUUCCAGUCCGCGUGGGGUAAAGCUUACCAGUACUUCAACCUCAAAAUCACUUUCAUGUGUGCAAUUGCAGUGUUCGAAGUUGGUAAUGUUAUAUGCGCAACAGCACCAUCGAGCGAGGUCUUGAUCUUUGGAAGGAUUGUGGCUGGUAUGGGUGGUGGCGGAGUGAUGACGGGAGCGUUUAUCAUCAUCGCGAUGACAGCUGGGCCAGAGUAUAGAUCGGCAUAUAUGGGUGUGUUGGGUGUGACGUUUGGAUUUGCAAGCGUCGUAGGACCGUUGAUGGGUGGUGCUUUGACAGAUGGUCCUGGAUGGAGGUAUUGUUUUUGGAUCAGUCUGCCAAUCGGUUUCGCUGCAGCGCUCACGAUGUUCCUUUGCUUUACGAAUCCUGGAAAGCCCAAAGACGUACGACUUCGCGAGAAAUUCUUGAAUUUGGACCUCAAUGGCGCAAUCCUGCUCUCUGGAUGUUUCUCCUGCUUCAUUCUGGCCAUGCACUGGAUCGGCAUUAUGCCUUGGACUAGUACACGUGUUGUUGGCAGCUUUGUGGGCUUCGCAGGUCUCUUCGUCUGCUUCACGAUCAACGAAUACGCUAUGGGUAGCCGCUCCAUGGUACAAGUUCACUUGUUCAAGAACAGGCUAGUUUUAGCCAACUUGCUCUAUGCUUUCUUCCUUGCCGGCGCCUUCUUCCCACUCAUGUAUACAUUACCAAUCCAGUUUCAAUCUGUCAAUAACAACACGGCUUCGCAGAGUGGUGUGCGGCUCAUCCCGCUUGUUUUGGGCGUCGCGGUCUUCACCAUGGUAUCGAACGGACUGCUCACCUUCUGGCGUCACUACAAGCCCUUCUUUUUUAUUGGCGCUGUCUUCGCCGUAGUCGGCAACACGAAAAUACACUCCCUGGAUGCGAACACACCAAUCAAAGACUGGGUUGGCUUCGAACUCUUGACAGCCAUGGGUGUUGGCCUCGCUCUUCAGAUCCCGAUGAUUGCGAAUCAAGCUCUGGUUUCCGCUGACGAUCUGGGCGCUGCAACAUCCAUGUCGCUCUUUAUGGAGAACUGCGGUACGGUUUUGUUCGUCGCAUCAAGUGAAGCAGCGUUCACAAACGGACUGCUAUCGAGUCUUGCCCACAACUUGCCACAAGUCGAUGCGAAAGUGGUAUUAGAUGCCGGCGCGACGCAAAUCCGCACUUUAUUCUCGGGCAACGAGCUCGAAAAGGUGUUGAAUGGAUACUUGGAUGGUUGUAAGACAAGUCAUGUCAUCACCGUGGCCUGUGGUGCGAUGGCUGCAGCGAUCAGCUUGUCGAAUGCGGGGCCGGCGGCCAUCAAAGAGAUAAAGAAGAACAUCGAAAAGAGUCAUGAGAGAUAG